AUGGCGUCCUCCUACGCGGUCGUCGGCGUCAUCUUCUCCUUUCUCCUCGUCGCCGCCGACGCGGCAUCGCCCGGCCCCACGGCCGCGCCGUCGGGCAAGGCCUACUCCCUCCAGGAGGCGUGCAAGCAGACUGCGGGGCACUACGACCUCUGCGUGGCGACGCUGUCCGGCGACCCGUCGUCCAAGACGGCCGACACGGCGGGGCUGGCCCGGGUGGCCAUCCUGGCGGCGCAGCGGAACGCGUCGGAGACGGCCACCUACCUCUCCAGCAUCUACGACGACGACAGCCUCGAGAACAAGACGGCGCAGCUGCAGCAGUGCCUCGAGGACUGCGGCGAGAGGUACGAGGCAGCGGUGGAGCAGCUGACGGACGCUACAGUGGCGCUGGACUCUGGGGCGUACAGCGAGUCGGAGGCGCUGGUGGCGGCGAGCCAGGCGGAGGUGAAGCUGUGCCAAAGGGGCUGCCAGGCCGUGCCCGACCACCGAAACGUCCUCACGACCCGCAACCGCGAGGUCGACCGGCUCUGCAGCGUCGCGCUCACCAUCACCAAGCUCAUCCGAACACCAUCGUGA